AUGCUCCGAGCUGGAACUACCAAGCUGGCCACGGCCGCCGCCCUGCCCAUCUGCGAGCAGCAGCGUGGAAUGGCUACCCUGAAGGAUAUUUCGCUCCGACUGAAGUCUGUCAAGAACAUCCAGAAGAUCACCAAAUCCAUGAAGAUGGUGGCAGCUGCAAAAUACGCGAAGGCUGAGCGUGACCUGAAGGGAGCCCGCUCAUAUGGAGUUGGCGCCAAGGCCUUCUUCGACAACAUCGACCCCAAGACCGAGGAGGCCGCCGGAGAGACGAAGAAGAAGCAGCUUCUCGUGCUGAUCACUUCUGAUCGUGGCCUGUGCGGUGCCGUGCACUCCUCGAUCGCCAAGGAGGCCAAGAACAUCCUGAACCAUAAGGCCGCCGAUGUUGACUACAAGCUCGUUACGAUCGGUGAUAAGUCCAAGGCCGCGCUCCAGCGUGUCUUCGCCAGCACCAUCGCGCUGUCCGGAAAUGAAAUCGGCCGGACCCCGCCCAGCUUCGAGGAUGCUGCCAUCGCCGCCCAAGCUAUUUUGGACUCCGGAAUUGAAUUUGAUGAGGGCACCAUCCUCUUCAACAAGUUCAAGACUGUCGUGUCUUACGAGACGUCCAAGCUACCUAUUCUCCCGCUGGAGGCCAUCAAGGCAAAGGAGGCGCUGAACACCUACGAUUCGGUGGAUGACGACGUUCUCCAAUCGUACAGCGAAUACUCCUUGGCUCAGCUGAUCUACUACGCGAUGAAGGAGAACGCCACCUCUGAGCAGAGCUCGCGUAUGACUGCUAUGGAUGGCGCAUCUAAGAACGCCGGCGAGAUGAUUGACAAGCUGACCCUCGCUUUCAACCGUACCCGUCAAGCUGUGAUCACCCGUGAACUUAUUGAGAUCAUUUCCGGAGCCGCUUGUGUU